AUGGACCUGUCAGCAGCUGCAGCAGUAGAACUGUCACCGCCCGGGCCGCGGCUGGCCUCUGAGGAUAUUCAAGGACUGCAUGUUCCUCGCCCCCCUCCCUUGCGAGAUGGAGUGCCACUGACCCUGAGCUACAGUGACUACAGGUGGCCUGGACGUGUGAUCACUGAAAGUGCUGCUAUUGAUGGUCAAGCUGGUUUGCUUAUGUGGUGGCGGCAUGUGGAGCCCGGCGAUGACGACCAGGAUCUUCCACAAGCAUCGGGCCAAUCUUGGCAUUGGGGAGGCUGUUGGAAUCUGUCGGACAUCGUUGGCGUACGUUAUACUACGAUGUUUGGAGAUCCUGGGCGGGAGUUUCUCCAUGGUGGUGCUUUGCCAGUUGCGCGGUUUGCACCGUGGGAUCUUCCGGCUGAGCGCAUCGCUAUUCUCGUGUUGAAUCCUUUGAGCACAACCUUCGUGCUCAGCAUUCUUCUUGUUUGGCAGCUGCUGGAAAUCUUUCCUCGGGAAAGUGGUGUUUUCAACAUGUCGCGUCCAGCCUAUGAGCCGGCGCUUCACAGCUCCAUAGCCAUCGCUCUUAGCUGUGCCAUUAUGUCCAUUCUUUCAUUGUGGUGGCUGGGUUUAUUCAGAUAUUGUGUUGGUGAAAAGUACAAGGCUACACAUCUCGGGCCGAAGGCAACCUCCAGGUGGUGGUGGCAGAAGGGCCUCAGCGAGCUAAUUCUGGAAGUCUUCCUCGGUCUAUGUGUGAUGACAACUGUGAUUUGCGUUCUCACGGAGAUGUUUCAGCACGAUGUGACCUGUCACGAACGGCUUUCAAACGACGGGCGCCGGUUGGCUCCCAACUGCAUCAGACAGGUCGGUGUGAACCAGACAUGCGGCGUGGAUGGCUGCUUCUGUGGCAUGCUCUCAGAUCUGCUUUGCGAUGAACCUCCUCUGCCAGCAGAAAUCUGUAUCAAGGUGGUCCGACCCCUUUGCGCAGCUGCUGGCACAAACGUUCGAACAAGCGGUAUGCACGGACACUUGUACAACAUCCUUGUUGCCUCCAUCGUGUUGUCCGUUUUCAACUUUGUCAACUGGGUCAUAACUGCCUGGGCAAUGCUGCUGAAUUGGCUCGGAUAUCAGAUGAGGAACUCGCAGGUCAUCAACAAGCCUGUCGAGCCGAAUACACAGUAUCAUCGGUUUACGGUUCUCUUCGAGUCCCCGACGGAAGAAAGCCUCGUCUUCAACGUAGACUCUUCGGAGGACCCUGAGGCGGUAGCCUGCACCCUUGCAGGGUUUGAU